AUGCUGCGCCCGCUGGGGCACGGCGCCAUAUCGAGCGUGCGCCCGGUGCGCCGCCGCUCCGACGCCGCGCUCUUCCCGCUCAAGGCCUUGCACAAGGCCAACGUCCUCGCGUCGCCCAGCCGCGUCGCCCACCUGCUCGAGGAGGGCCGCGAACUGGCGCGCUUCGCGCGCGCCUGCACCGUCUUCGUCUCCGCGCUCGUCGACGCCUUCGAGACCCGCACGCAUCUGUACCUCGUCACCCACGUCGCGCGCUACGGCGACCUGGCCGUUGUGCUCGCGCAACUGGAAGGAAAUCGGCUGCCUGCGGACGCGACCCGGGAGGUGUUCGCCGAGAUCGUGCUCGGGCUACAGGAGCUGCCCGGCAUGGGCUACCUGUACCGCAACGUGAUGCUGGACAACCUGCUACUUCGGCGGAAAAUCCAGCUAGUCGACUUGGGGCUGUUCAAGCGGCUGCUAGUGUCGCUGUGCUGCAGCGAGUGCUCCGUCUCCGGCGAUGUGGCGCGGCUGUCCGUGCGGUCCGAGAACGGCGCCUCCGACGGCGCCCAGUCGCUGCUGUCGUGCUGCUCCAGCGACGACGGCGACUCGAUCGUGCGGCUCCUUGCCCGCACGCACAUCUUCGUCGGCACGCGCCGCUACUUCUCCCCCGAGCACCUGCCCGGGCGCCACCGCUCCAAGGGCGGCUACGGCGCGCCUGUGUACGUGUGGGCGUUAGGUGUCGUGCUGUACGUGCUCGCGACGGGAGAGUUCCCGCUCGGGAAGCGCGUGUCAAAGGGCAACUCCAAGGGCAUGUUCGACGCGAUCCGCCAUGAGGAGACCCGGUACCCCACGCACAUGGACGCCGGGAUGAAUGCGCUCCUGUAG